ACUCGAACACCAUUCACAAUCCUCAGGGCACCAUGUCAUAACGAAGUGCAACGCUCGGCGUGGUUCACAUGAUAUCUCCUUUCACUUCUUCGCUCCUGCCGCAAAUUAGCUCCUUGCGUGCCCGUCACUCCACCGCUAGUCUAAUUUCCCGUUCCUCUACCUUUCACCACGCUCGCCUCGCGCACAAAUUUCUGUCCGCCAGCUAGCAUAUUUAACUUCGACACCCUCACACCGCUACAACCUCUGUCUACUCUGCGCCGUCGCUAACAAGACCAAAGAUAGCAGACAACUCUCCUCGUCCGCCACACACAAUGGCUAUCUCCGUCACCAUCCACGCUGGAGGUGCUCAAGACCUCAAGCUCAAGCGCGCCGAUACCCCAGUGUUCGGCGCCAUGCGCUCCAAGCUCAACCCCCGCGCGGCCUCAUUCAUCCCAGGCGCGCUGUCCCACCCGCCAAUGUCGCCCAUGACUCUGCGCGCCUACCUCCACCCUACCAAGAACAGCCUCGUCUACAAGAACAAGACUGGGCUCACCUCGCUAGACGCCACGGCUCCGCCGUUCAUCCCCAAGUACGCGCUCCCAAACUACAAUAUCGACCCGCGCGACCCCUUCUACAACCAGCUCCUCAAAGUCCAGCUGCAGCGCGGAACCCUGCAGGAUCCCAACUACGAUCCCAACCUCCCCGUCUAUGACGGCUUCGCCUCGCGCUCUGGUUCCGGCUACGGCCUCUCCUCGCGCUCUGGUUCCGGCUAUGGCUUCACCCCGCGCUCUGGUUCCGGCUACGGCCUCUCCUCGAGCUCUGGUCCCGGCUACGGCUUCACCUCGAGCUCUGACCCCGAAUACGGCUACGGCUUCGACUAUGACCAUGAGUACGACGACGACAUCGGCGCCUAUGGUGCUGCCAAUGGCGGUUACGGUCAUGGACACGGAUACGGUGGUGGUGGGAUGUGCGGCUGCUCGCCGACGAUGUAUGCGCCGGGCCUGGGACAGCCGGCAUGGUCGAUUGCGCCGCAGCAUUUCGAGGGCUACGAGACGGAGAUGCAUCACGAGGAUGGUAAGGACGGCAAGGCCAAGAAGAAGGGCAAGAACAACAAGAGCAAGAAGGCGAGGAAGCCGUGGAAGGAGGGCUGGGAUUAGCUAUGUACU